UUUCUUUCUACCCUUAAUUAUUACACCCACAGAGAUUUUUAUCUUUAAAAUUUGUUAUUAAUCACAUAUCGAUGUGAAUGAAUUACUACUAUCGGCAUAUUUUAAGCACAUUAAAUAUUUUCAACCAAAACAAUAUUCUUUUAAUUUUAAUCAGAAGGUCAACUUGUCCCUUAUUAACAUAUGACAUUUCCCCGAUUGAAUUCAUUUCCAAAUAUUUCACGGAGAAAGACGGAAAGAUUCGGAGUGGGAGAGGAAGCGAGAGCAAUAAAAAAGAGAAAGAAAGAAAAAUUCAGAUAAGGAUGGCGAUGACGUUAUUAGCUCGGUCAUUUGUAAUUAUACAAACAUUUGCAAUCGACAUACGCAUUUAUCACGAAUGUUAAACAAGAUUUAUUUAAUAUGGCGAUUGGCUCGUUAUCUUACCAAUUUAUUUCACGGAAUUUAACAUUUUAACGUGCGAAAUCCAAUCUAAUUGUUCCUCUCAAAAGCAUUCAUUAUAUAUAGUACAAGUUUUCACGUCGAUAUUGUGAGAGUUUCUCGUAGACGUAAAUCCUCUCUUUCUCUUUCUCUUUCUCCCUCUUUCGCCAUUGUUCUUUCAUUUAUCUUAUGCGAUUUUAUCUUCUAACUCGAUUCCUCACGAUUUGUAAUAAGUUACGAACGAUUAUUGAGAAACGUGAUUCUACUGUCGAUGCUGUGACUAUCGAUUUAACCUAACUAUUUAUAUACGACACAAUAUACUGGUUAUCUAUAAAUUUUGAAUAUAUUUAUAAAAAGAAAUGCAGAAUAAUAAGCGUCUGGCACUACUUUCGUUGGAUGACGUUCGUUCUUUCUUUUCUUUUUCUUUUUUUUUUUGUUUGCUUGUUCGUUUGUUUGUUUAUUUAUUACCAACGAGCGAGCACUUUGAUGAAAUUAUUCUUCCAAACGUUAAAUAAUCUUCUCUUAACCGUGAAUCGAUCUGCUAACGGAGAUCCAGUAUCGCGAUGAUUCAGAAACGAAUAAAAAAGGAAAUCGAAGAUAUCGUGACGAUGAUGAAGAAGAAAAAGAAGAAGAAGAAGAAGAAGAAGAAGAAAAAGAUAUCCUUAAAGAGAAUCAUGCCGAGACGAGAGUCGAGAGAAAAAACGAGAUUCCUCGUUGGCGGUGGCAUUCCAAAUGGGCGAAGAUGGAAGGAGACGGUGAAUACGACUCUCCUUGAACGCAAAAACGGAGUUAGAGUCCAGGUAGUACACCCUUUCACCGGGCGCGAGAAACGAAACGACAGGGACGCGACGCAUACUAGACACGUCGUCUAUGGUGUGCAGCCACGUUUCGAGAGUCCAUUCUACCAAGACGGCAACUGCCGUUUAUACGCCAGUCCAUAUAGCUAUAGACUAUAUUUACGCUAUACUAUUUUCUAAGGAUUGGAAUGAACGCACUAUUCUGCUCUCUAAAGUGAGAGAGAGUGAGAGAGAGAGAGGACAACUAGCUUUUGCUAGCAAGAUAUUUGUUGCUAGCCUACGGCAUUCUCAACGGCCUGCUACGAGAUUUCGUAUCGUGAUAUAUUAUGUAUAUAUAUAUAUAUAUAUAUAUAUAUAUAUAUAUAUCGAGAUUAAGGAUUAUUUUAUACUUCCGCAAAAUACCAUUCACUUGUACGUUUUACUAUAACUACAAAGAGAUUUUCUCAUAAAUAAUAUCUAUGAGAACCUAGAGACUUAGAUUAUCUAACUAACUAAAUUGUUUAUGUGAAAAUUCGAUCUAAAUAAUGUCUAUUCUUUCUGUGAGAAAUAAAGAAGAAAAAAUUUCUUUCGUAACGUACAAAUUUCGUUUUUAAAGUUACAAAAAAAAAAUUGUUUUCAAUUUUCUUUAAUAUAAUAUCAUUUUAUAUAAUAAUUUUCAAUAACAUUUAUAUUGAUAUAUAUAUAUAUAUAUAUAUAUAUAUAAUAUUUUAUGAGUUUAACGUUUAAAGUUUCAUUUCGUUCCUUUGUCUACUAUUCUCGAAGUUCGGUCGAAGUAUACUGUCGGCUUCAACGUUGUGUCCAUUCGCCUGGUUAGUCGCCUAAACGGGCAAUGCAAUGACUAUAGAUAAGUGCGAGGGAGGCCAGGAUGCCACGUAGCAAAACCGAUACCCUACUCUCUACGAGUGAAUCUUCAACAAGGAAUAUAAUAUUUGCAUACACGUCCAUUUUUUCCUUACAUUUUGAAUAUAUUUACGAAUUUUUCUUUCUUUCUUUUUCUUUUUUUUUUUUUUUUUUUUUUAUCGCACAUCAUAUUGACUCUCGAUUGAUUAUUAUCACAGGAGAUCAUUGACUUGUAUUAAUUAAUUUUUUUCCUUAUAACUUUUUCUGAAUUUCCUAUGAGAUAAUUGCAAAAGCAACAUUCUUUUCUUUUUUCCCUUUAGAUAAAUGAUCUGAAAAAAAAAAAAAAAAAAAAAAAAUAAUAAUAAACUGACCGACUUUGAUCGUUUCUUUUCUU